UGGCGGAGGUGUGUUGUGGUUCCACCAAUAAUAUAACCUGUUUUCACCGUGAAUUCACACAAGGAAAUGAUAAUAAUGAUAGUAAAUGAAAGAUAGUGCUUCAGCGUGGCGUCAGAUUAGAUAAAAGCGUGUGAUGUAUGUACUAUCCGUGUUUACUCCAAAUAAACAAUAUAUUUUUGAAUAAGGAACGCGGGAAUUGGUCAACAUUAUUUUACAUCUCAGGAAAUCAAUCUGUAAUGAAGUUCAAACUAAUGUCAUGGAGUUGGAUUUUUUUGAUCGCCGCCUGUUGUGCGACAGCGCAAGAUAUCAACAUAAAUAAUCCGAAUCAACAGCUUGAUUUAAAUAACCCAUACAGCACAAGCACGCCCAACUACGAUUUGAAUAAUAAUCCCUUCACUCAAGAACCGAAUUACAAUGGAGAUCAGUUCGGAAACCGAGACCAAUUCGGUCAAAAUCAGCCACCGUACGAUCCGAAUUUUCAAAGAGGACAGUUUGAUCCGAAUAAUCCGCAAAGAGGACAGUUCGAUCCGAAUAAUCCGCAAGGAGGGCGAUAUAAUCCUGAUACGGGCCUGUAUGAACCGCUGGGCCGAGAUUCGCCGCCCUGGAGGCAGGAUGGGUUCGGGUACGGCCCUGGGAGGAACGAAAUUGAUGCGGCGGGGUCGGCGAUAAAAGAAGCGACGUAUUUCUUGGUGGCUUCAAAAACCGUCCGCCCUGGCCAGUUGUACCGAGUUGCGGUAACAAUAAUCCAAGAAGAGGAGCCCCUCACUGUUCGUGCUUCCAUCACACGAAACGGCGUGGAAAUGACCGAAGACCACAAACGCGUCAAAGUCGGAGUCCCGGAAACCCUCCUAAUGCGAGUUCCACCAACAAGCGUCCCCGGCGAGUACAAACUGAGAGUCGAGGGUUUAUACGACGACAUUUUGGGCGGUAUUUAUUUCGCCAAUGAGACAAAUCUCAUUUUUUCGCAAAGAUCCAUGACGAUUUUUAUCCAACUCGACAAACCUGUCUACAAACAAGGCGAAAAAGUGCGAUUUCGAACAAUUCCAAUCAACACCGAACUGAAAGCUUUCGACCAAGCCAUCGACGUCUACAUGCUCGACCCGAACGGCCACAUCAUGAAACGCUGGCUGUCGAAACAAUCAAAUCUUGGAACUGUUAGUUUAGAGUACGAAUUGUCCGAUCAACCGGUUUUCGGAGAGUGGAAAGUUCGAGUGAUUGCUCAAAAUCAAAUUGAAGAAUCAACAUUUUUAGUAGAAGAGUAUUAUCAAACGAGGUUUGAGGUUAAUGUAACUAUGCCUGCGUUUUUCCUGAACACCGAUGAGUAUUUACAUGGGAUUGUUAUGGCGAACUACACUAGUGGUGCCCCCGUUCGGGGGAAUCUGACACUUAAGGCCAUAGUCAGGCCGAUUAAACCCAUCGAUAGAUAUAGACUGCCACAUAGGAAUAGGAAUCGAAAUAGAAACCGUGAUAGAUUUUACGAAAAUAGGGGUUAUAACCGGUUUGAGGAUCGGAAUAGGUAUGGGCCACAGAGGUACGACGAGUUUGAGUAUCAAUACGACGAAUUUGAACAAGAUAAACCGAUCGUGGAGAAAUAUUUUAAUUUUGACGAACAAUUGCCGUUUUGGUCUAAAGUGACAAACUACUACGAAUCAAUCCCUUCCCUCAAAUACUUUUAUGGUGUCUACGAGUUCAAGUAUCCAAUCCGAGAACUGCUGCACUACGUCACAAGUCUUGAAGGAAUGGAAGUCGUGGUAGUCGCAACAGUCGGUGAGCGUUUCCUCGACGAGGUCAUCGAGGGUUAUUCUACAGCGCGCAUCUUUAAUUCUUCGAUUAAAUUGUCUUUUCUUGGAGGCUCGCCUCAAGUCUAUAAGCCAGGAAUGCCGGUUGCAGCUUACAUUGCUGCUUCUUUCCAAGACGGUUCUUCUUUACCGAUCGAGAGACUGACGAAUGGUGUGAUGGAAGUGUUUACGUAUGUCGAAUCGGGUGCUGGACGAAGAGAUCUUCCCAGUCGGCAAUUGUUUAUGCUUGAUGGAAGUCCGGGAGUUUGGGAGUACAAGUUUGACAUUAAGAGCGAGUUGGGGUUGGAAGGAACGAAAGCGUUUGAAGACCCGACCCAGAGGGGGUCUUUGAGGAUACAAGCGAGGUUUCGCGAUGGAUUGGGGCAUGUUGCAGAGGCUGAACUUUUGAUGUUGGCACACCAUAGUCCGAAUAAUCAGCAUAUUAAGGUGUUUACGAGUACGCUUAAACCACAGGUUGGUGCUAAUAUGAUCUUCCACAUCAAGAGUAACUUCUUUAUUCGGAAGUUCAAUUAUAUGAUUGUUGCGAAAGGAAUAGUUUUGGUCAGUAGUGAUCAAGAUAUGUUUGAUUAUAUUAGUACCAUGGCUGUGACAUUGAGUGCGGAGAUGGCGCCAGUUGCUACGAUUAUUGUUUGGCAUUUGGGGCAGUAUGGGGAGGUUACUGUCGAUAGUUUAACUUUCCCGGUCAAUGGAAUUAGCAGAAAUAAGUUCAAAGUGUAUAUCAACAACAAGAAAGCCCGCACUGGCCACAAAGUCGAAGUGGCAAUCUACGGCGAGCCUGGCUCCUACGUGGGGCUUUCGGGCAUCGACCGCGCCUUCUACACGAUGCAAGCCGGCAACGAGCUCACCUACGCCAAGGUCCUCACGAAAAUGGCCUCAUUCGACGAGAACAUCAACGGCACCCACGAACACAUCUGGUUCUCUCACGACGGCAACCCCGACGACCUCGUCUACUUCCCCUCAUCCACGUACGGAAUCGACGCCAAUCGCACCUUCGAAUACGCCGGAUUGGUCGUCUUCAGCGACUUCGAGCUCCCUCAGCGCUGGUCGCGCUGUAACGCCUCGCUCGGGUGGGCGGAGUGCCUCAACGGCGCCUGUUAUCGCAUGGACAAACGCUGCGACUACUUCCAGGACUGCACCGACGGCACCGACGAGGCCGGAUGCAAGUACGACAACGGCACCGAAUUAGCAAUGUUCAGGAAGUACAGAUUCAACCGGAUUCAAAGACAGUACGAGAAUGUUUGGGUGUGGAAAGAUGUCAAUAUUGGCCCCCAUGGCCGGUACAUUUUCAACAUUCCGGUGCCGGCGAGGCCGGUGCAUUGGAUGGUGUCGGCGUUUUCGAUGAGUCCCACUCUUGGUUUCGGGAUGUUGAAUAAAGCGAUUGAGUAUAUCGGCGUUUUGCCGUUCUUUAUCAACGUGGAGAUGCCCACGAUGUGCAUGCAAGGGGAGCAAGUGGGCAUUAGAGUGUCUGUUUUUAAUUAUAUGAUGGAUGCGAUGGAAGCAACGGUUGUGCUUUUGGGGUCACCGGAUUAUAAGUUUGUUCAUGUGGAGGAGAAUGGGGUUGUAAGGGCGUACAACCCACGGACGUCGUUCGGAGAACAUCAGUUCUUUAUUUAUAUCAAGCCGCAAGAUGCCGCUGUUGUUUACAUACCAAUUGUUCCGACGAGGUUGGGGGAUAUUGAUGUUACGGUGUAUGCCUCCACGUUGAUUGGAAAGGAUCAAGUGACCAGAAGACUACAUGUUGAAUCUGACGGUUUGCCUCAGCACCGACAUCAAUCCAUGCUUCUUGAUUUGAGUAAUCGUGCGUAUGCCUUCCAAUACAUGCACGUUAAUGUCACCGAAACGCCUAUUAUUCCAUACGAGUAUGACAGAUACUACGUAUAUGGAUCAAAUAAAGCCCGAAUUUCGAUUGUGGGAGACGUAGUGGGUCCCAUUUUCCCAACAAUGCCGGUAAAUGCCACGUCGAUUCUUCAUUUGCCUAUGGAUUCGGCUGAACAGAACAUGUUUUCGUUUGCUGCUAACAUGUAUACGACUUUGUACAUGAGGUAUACGCAACAGAGGAAUCGCACAUUGGAAAAAUUGGCGUUUUAUUAUAUGAAUAUUGGGUAUCAGAGGCAGCUUUCGUUCAUGCAGCCGGAUGGAUCCUUCAGUCUGUUUAGGAGUGACUGGAACCAAUCCGAUUCUUCCGUUUGGCUCACAUCCUACUGCGCCCGCAUUUUCCAAGAAGCAAGCUUCUACGAAUGGGAAAACUACAUCUACAUCGACCCCACCGUCAUUGCAAAAUCCGUGGAAUGGGUCCUUCGGCACCAAAAUCAAGACGGCGCCUUCUACGAAACCACGUGGCUCCCGGACCGCAAAUACAACUCCUCCCUCAACUUCAACAACGAUCCAAUCCGUCACCGCAACAUCACGCUCACCGCUCACGUCCUCAUCAUGCUCGAAUCCGUCAAAGACCUCACCAGCGGUCUCAGCUCCAAAGUGGCCAUCGCGCAACGAAACGCCGUCCAUUGGCUCGAACGCAACAUGGAUUUGAUCAAAGAGCGCGGACGACCCUUCGACAUCGCCAUCGUCGCUUACGCCCUCAUGAAGAGCAAAGCGGCGUUCGCCGAAGCCGCCUAUCUCGAGUUAUCGAGACACCGGCGCGAAGAGGGCGGUUUGUUGUACUGGGGGCGCCAAUCGGUCCCGCAACCCCCCUACAAAAUCGAAAACCAGAAGCCUUUCUCGCUCCCGAGACUCCCCUACGAGUACGACUCGGAGAACAUUGAAGCUACGGCCUACGCACUUAUGGUGUACGUAGCCCGACAAGAAAUCUUCAUGAACGACAUAGUGCGCUGGUUGAACACUCAGAGACUCACCGACGGGGGCUGGGCCUCCACUUCGGACACCGCAAAUGCCCUCAAGGCCCUCAUCGAGUACACCUCAGCCCAAAGAAUUCGCGAUAUUUCGAGUCUCUCGGUGACGGUGGAAGCGACGGCUUUGCCCGGCAAGACCGCUGUUUUGCACGUCAAUGACAAAAAUCGAGCGAAAUUACAACACAUCGAUAUACCCAAUGCCUGGGGUACUGUUAAAGUGCAAGCAAAGGGCACCGGUUACGCCAUUUUGCAAAUGCAUGUGCAAUACAAUGUCGACAUUGCACGAUUCCAGACGAAACCGCCAGUGCCGGCGUUCGAUUUGUGGAUCAGACCGUAUUUCUACGGACGAAACAUGUCGCAUAUCACGCUGUUUAGUUGUCAGAGGUGGAACCAUCUGAGUGAAUCCCCCAGGUCGGGACUUGCAGUGCUUGAUGUCACGAUACCGACGGGUUACAUCGUGCAACAGCAGGAUUUGGAUGCAUAUAUCCUGUCGAGGCAAGUGAGGAAUUUGCAAAGGGCGAGGUUCUCGGAAAGGAAGGUUCUGUUCUACUUCAAUUAUUUGGAUUACGAAGAGACCUGCAUCAACUUCACAGUGGAGAGAUGGUACCCAGUGGCCAACAUGUCUCGCUAUCUACCGAUCCGUAUCUACGAUUACUAUGCCCCGGAACGAUUCAACGAAACAAUAUUCGAUGCCUUAUCAACGUACAAUUUGGACAUUUGUCACGUGUGUGGUAGCAGUCAAUGUCCGUAUUGUUGGAUUUACAAUGCAACAACUAGAGUUACAAUUCCAUUAUUCACGUUAAUUUUCACAAGCAUAUUUUUAAUAGUUAGAUAUUUUGAUGUUCAAGACAACAUAAUCUAAUGCCACAAUUGUGAGCUGAACUGAAAUCUGGAAUUAUAUUAAUUCUACAAGUGUGAAAUAGUUGUUAAAAGUUGUGCCUGAUUAUAAAUAAAGGAUUGUUAUGUAAAUUUAAUAUAAGCUCCAGAUUCAUGCUUUUCUUAAUCUUUGUGUUCAUUAUUUUUAGUCGUCUUGAAGAGUCUAGAGAGGAGAAAUGACUUUAAGAGAGAUAAUGAGAGUUACUUAUGACACAUUGUAUAUUUUUCUACGAAAAGAAAUCAUAUCGGGAAUACUCAAAGCAAAUUAUUUCAUGUUGAAAGCGGAGCUGCACGCUCAUAGUCUCAUAUUAAACCGUCCAAUUGCACUGACGUAGUUAGUGUUUUAUAUUGUAAAGUAAUUAAUAUAUUUGGUUAGCUUUUUAUAUAUUGUUAUAUUUUUUAUUUUUUUUUGUAUUAUAAAUUAUUUCAUCAGCUAAUAUCACUGUUGAUGUAACUUAGGGUUCAAUUUGACUAAAUAUAAAUUAGUUUUAUACUUUCUAUACUAGGAUUUUGCAGCUGUAAAUAAUUACUAACUUGAUUUUGUGUAGUUUCUGAAACAAAAAGUAUUUCGAUAGAGUAUUUAGUUUUAGGUAGGAUUUAACGUAUUUGUACACAUGUUGAAUUGAAAUAAAAGCGAUUUUCUUUUGAUAAA